AUGGGUAAAAUUAUGAAACCCGGGAAAGUGGUGUUAGUGUUGGCCGGGAAGUACGCCGGGAGGAAGGCUGUGAUCCUUCGCAACCACGACGAGGGCACUAACGACAAGAGCUAUGGACACGCAUUGUUCCCCUUCGACAAGACGACCACCAGUAAGGAUGUGGUGAAAGACGGCGCGAAGAAGCGUAAGGCUCGUCGAGAAAUCAGACAACUCUUCGAAGAGCGAUACAAAUCCGGAAAGAAUCGCUGGUUUUUCACUAAAUUAAGAUUUUGA